UUUUGCCGAACACGGUUAUAACCGUUUCCAACGGCUAGUUCCUGUUUUGGUUCCCAACGGCUAUUUCCUGACUUGAUUCUUCCACCAGCUCAAUCCGAUCUUGAUGAGCUCAAACACUAACAGGAUGUGCCCAUGCAUUAUCAACCAGAAGUAGUUCCACGGCGUCGUGGAAUGUCUGGUGUUCGGACUGGGGGACACGGCUUCACGAAGCAGUUUAGGAUGUCGCAGCCGCAUCCCGACUAUGUAGCACCAGAGCCGCAGAAUCCAGAGCAUGACCCACCCCAGUGGUCUUCAUACCCGGCGCAUGAGUCUCAGUCGCAGUGGUACCGUCCUCUGUAUUCUCCAAGCCAGCCUGAGCCCGAUUGGGAUCGUCGCCCAUAUUCACAAAGCCAAGACGUGCCGCAAUGGAGUGGGGCCCGAGCGUCGGUCGAUUCAUUCUUCCAGCAUUAUCAGAUCGUGCCUCCUGAACAAGUUGAAGAAGAGGAUGAUGAUGAAGGAGAAGAAGGAAAUGACAACAUAGAGGAGGAAAAUGAGGACGACGACGUUAUUCAGGGGAUUCCUACCCAACCUCGACCAGCUGCGGAGGGUUCAUCACGUGGCGGGGUUGGGAAGCUCAUGAGCAAAGUGUACAAGAGGUUGUCGACAAGGAAGAAUAAGGGCAUUGAACCGUCGAAAUACAUUUCAUCGUCGUAUAAGUAGCACGUCAUUUCAGGUUGUGUGUGCGACAGUUGCCGGCUCGCCCUAAUUGGUGCUCGAAUCGAUCGAAAUCGGCUUGUGCGAUGGCUUUGCUUGAAUGUUUUGAGCGGUGACAUGAAAUGGAUAAUUUGUGGUGCUGAAGCUUAUCCUGUUAGCUACUUUGUUAAAAUUUUGAGAUUAUCAUUAUUUAUGAUACGUGUAUUCUUAGAGUAGUAGUUUUAUGAUUUCAAGAAUUGUUUGAUCUUCUAAUUGUUUGAUAUAUUUUAUUUUGCCUUUUUGUUUAGUAAAAUCCUCUGUUUUUAUUAAGAAAUGAAAAAAAAUGCAGUCGAUGUA